UAUUUUGUAAAAUGAAAUUUAAGCAUAAGUUAAUAAGAACUUAUUAAUGAUGUUUGAAUCGUGUAUUUAUGAAUCUAGUUAUUUAGAUUACCCUGAAAUAUUAAACUCUGACGAAGCCAUUUGGAUAUUAGGGAAAUGUUAUCAACCUAAUUUAGAUCGUGAAGCAUUAAAAAAUGAACUUAUAUCAAAAUUUUGGUUCACAUAUAGAAAAAAUUUUGUUCCUAUAAAUCAGAAUACUUAUUUAACGACUGAUGCAGGAUGGGGAUGUAUGAUAAGAAGUGGCCAAAUGAUGUUGGCUGAAGCUUUAACAAGAUAUUAUGAUUUACCUUAUAACUCAAACCUAAAUAAGCAAAAUCAUGAAUAUGAAAUUAGCGAUUCUCCAUCCUUAAAUUCUGAUAUAGAUACAAAGAAAAAUGUUAUUAAAGAAAUAGACAAAAAUGAUUUAUGCAAAACUUCUAAUAAUUAUAACAUAUCCCACAUGAUUAAUAAUGCAAAAAGAUACCUCUAUGAAAUGUGGUACACAAAUAACAACACAAAUAUUUUAUGCUCUCCCUCACAAUGUCAAUCAUGUGAAAGAGGCCACAGUUUUAAUUCAUUAUAUUGUGAAAAAUCUUCUGCUCAUAUAAUCAUCAAUAAUUACAAAUUAAAAACUACAAAAUUGCACAUUCUUAAACUGUUUUUGGAAGAUCCUCAAUGUAAAUUCUCAAUUCACAACAUAUCAACAUCUUCAAAAUUUUUGGAAAGUAAUACAAAAAAUAAAACCCAUAAAGGAGAUAGAGAUAAUAGUUUUUCUGUUCCUGGAAAAUGGUUUGGACCAAAUUCUGUUUCUCAAGCUAUAAAAAAUUUGAUCAAAAACGAUACUAGGCACAAUAUAAUAUUCCAUGUUGCCAUGGAUAAUGCCAUCAUUUUAUCUGAUAUAAAGAACUGUUUCGAAGAAAAAGCUACCCAAAAUACGAAUAAGGUAAGUGCGCUCGACUCUAAGGUCACCGCGGCAAUAGACAAACACGAUGCAUCUUUGAUAUUGGUCGUCCCGCUCCGACUCGGUCUGACCCAUAUUAUUCCGUCCUACUUCGAAGCCCUAAAGGCAUUUUUCCAACUUCCUCAGUGUAUUGGAAUAUUGGGAGGGAAGCCAAAACACGCCUCCUGGUACAUAGGAUACACCGGCAAUGAUUUAAUCUACCUAGACCCCCAUACGGUUCAAAAAUCAUUGAAUCUGAAAGAGUUCACGGAAAAUUAUCGAUCUUGGUUAGAGUCUAAUUCUCAGAGUCCAAAUAACCCCUUUUCCGACCCUUUUCCUCAGUUCAUCUCGACUUUCCAUUGCGGCUUUCCUUCCGCGUCGGAAAAUGAUGAAGACGAUGAAAAUAGGGACAUAUUAGAUGGUAGCAUUGGUGACGGAAACAAAGUUGACAACUCAAUUUGUAAUCACGUGUCAUUCACAAAUGGACCCCCGAGUAAAAUGGCUUUCGAUUGCUUGGAUCCAUCCUUAAGCCUAGCCUUUUUUUGCGCAAAUCAACUCGAUUUCGAAAAACUUUGUUCCGAUAUUAAAAAGCAUUUAAUCCAACCCUUCCCUUGCCCCAUGUUCGAAAUAUUGGAACAACCUUUACCACUUUGGACUAAUGGGAGCGAAAAAUUUCGGAGCGACAACAUCAUCGAUGAUAAUUUAUUUAGAACUCCGUUCGAAUUGGAUUCCGAUCCUUCAACAUCUUCUCGCGGGUUCAACCUGAGUUCGGGGGAUAAUAAGGCGGAUCUGGAAGAUUUUGAAGUCAUUUAAUUAACACGAGCGAGAUCGGCAUAACAUACACAAAAUUAUUAAUAUAUAACGCUUCCCGCUUAUGAAAAAAAUAUUCCAAUUUAUAUAUAUAUUUUAUGAAUACGUUAUUUAUUAUCAGUGCCGAAAAAAAAAAUUGGUGAUGUAUAUAGUAAAACUUUAA